ACCGCCCUAUGGGACUCCCAAUCACGGCCGGAUGUGAUACAGCCUGGAUCAGACAUCAGUAGAGCACACAUAUCGAAAAAAUGGAUAGUAUAUUACUUACUGCUACACAUUAUGAUUCUGUAUUAUUAUUUUGUUAUUAUUAAGACACUUUUAAUUAUAUCACACGUCCCUCCCGUCAAAGUAUCCACAUCUCACCUGAGAAGGUUAAAAUAUAGGAUUAAUAUAUAAUGUACAGAUAUGUGAUUAGUGAUACUUCAGUCAAUAUAGGAUAUGUCAUGGGGUGCAUUUUGUAUUUGAAAAGAUUUCCAUAAACUGAACCGAUCUUCUCGUACUCCAGUCCAGCAGGUGGUGAUAAAUCAAAAUGUGUUACCUCCUACCAGAUGAGGUUGCCCGCGGAAACGGACAGAAACCAGGAACUAGCUACCUCGGAAGCUACUAAACGUAAUCUAAAAUGUCUAAAAUACAGCUGUUAAGAGUGUUUCUCAAUGAGCGAUUAAGAACUGCUGCGGAGGAGAUAUUAUGGGCAGUUGAAAAAACGAUAGCAGAAGAAGUUUCCCGUUCAAAUGAGGAAAAUGACCGUCUACAGAGGCAGCUUGAAAUCGCUCUCAUAAAGCUAAACAGAGCAGACAUCCUCCAACAGUCAGUCUCGGAACAGGUUCCCCCUGAGCAGCAGCAGGAGUGGAGCCCCAGUCUCGGACAGGAGGACCCAGAGCCUACACAGAUAAAGGAGGAACAGGAGGAACUCAGGACCAAUCAGUGGGAAGAGCAGCUUCAAGAGCUGGAAGAUGAUACCAAAGACUCCAUAUUCACUAAUGCCUUUAUGGAACCUGACUGUGAGGACCCAACUCGGCACUCAUAUCUUUAUCAAGCCCAGAAUGACGGAAAAGAAGAGAGAGACUCUCUACCCAGCACCUCAACUGCACAUAUCAAAACAGAAACUGGUGGAGAGGACUACAGAUUAUCAGAACCAACCAGUGAUGCUCAGCCUAAUUAUGCAAGAAAUCCAUACUGUUCUGCAGCUCAGAGGGAAAACAUUGAUUGGAUGGGAGUCGGAGGGCCUCCGUCAUGUUUUAAACCAGUCAAAUCAAAGAAAAGAUGGACAGGAAAAAGACAAAGCUCCCAUAUGAAUACUAAGGGUAGAAAAUCCACAGAGUCGUCCGAUCUGAAAUCACCCAGGCAAAGGGAUAAUGCUCCUUGCCGUUGUAAAGUGUGUGGAAAGUCUUUCCAGUACAUGGGUUCAUUAAUGAAACAUGUGCAAACUCAUACAAAUGAGAAAGAACAUAUUUGUGGUGUGUGUGGAAAAUGUUUUGAGUCCACAGAAAGUAUGAAACAUCACAUCCAAACUCACAUUGCAGAUAGGAUGUGUUGUCAUGUUUGUAGUAAAUGCUUCACUAGCAAUAGGGAUCUGAUUGUGCACAUGAGAACCCACACAGGGGAUAAACCGUAUCAAUGUUCUGAUUGUGGCAAAGAAUUCAGCGUUCGCAAUAGUCUGAAAAGGCACAUGAAGAUUCAUGCAGGAGGUAAAGGAUAUAGCUGCAGUCAUUGUGACAAGUGUUUCAGCACUAGCUUCCGUCUGACAUUUCACAUGAUGAGGAGUCACAGGGGCGAAAUCAUACAGGUGUCCUGUAUGUAGAAAAACAGCUUUACCCAAUCAUGUGUAAUCAGAAAAGUCACACUGGGGAAAAUGUGUAUGAGUGCAGUGAUUGCAGUAAAUAUUUCAGUGACAGUGGCUGCUUGAAUUUCUAAAAAGUCCACACAGACCACUGUCAUAUACGUUGCUCACCUAAAUCUGUAUAGUCCUAAUGCUGGAGUAACUCGCCUUUGAAUGAGCCUCGCUCGCAAAAAGAGACAACCUGUGUGUUUUUGGAGUUCUAUUAUGGUGGGAGGAAAGGAAAUUAGCUACUAAUGGUAAUACAUCUAAAACAUAAUAAAAGUACUGUGAUUUCAAGUAUGUUUUAUUCCAUUGAAAUCUGUUGAGCUACUUUUUAAUGCCCAAUAAAUAUAAGCACAAAGCAUA